AGAGCGUGGCCGAUGGUCAGUUGGCUUAACGCUGCUGUUGAGGUAAGAGCGGCGUGGCGAUGGGGUGCGCAAGCAGCAAUCCACUUGUCGAGGGUGGAAAGAACAUCGUGGAUAACGUCAAAGAGACGAAGGACAAUGCGGUCGCGGUUGGUGAAAAGGCUAUGCAAGAUGCCGGUGAAGUUGUAAAUUCUGGAAUGGAUCAUGUGAAGCAUGCUGUUGAAUCUGGCCUAAAUACAGCACAAAACAGUAUAGGAACCUUCGUGAAUUCCAUUGAGAAUACCAUAAGCACGACUAAGUCGAGUGCAACAAAUGCGGCAGAAAAUAUAGCGAAUAAAACUACGGAAUCAUUAGAAGAAGCAAUAUCGGAUGCAAAAACAGUUUUAGUUGGAGAUGAUGAUAUUCACAAAGAUUUGGAUACAUUGUCGACGACGGCUACUAUUGAUAAACUCGAGGACGAUACGAAACAUGAAUUUGGGGAAUCCGUGGAGCAGGUGAAAACUGGUGUCACCGAAACAUUACACGUAGAAGAUAUUGAGCAAACGACAGAUGACACAAUGGUGAAUACUGAGACGAAAGAAGAGGUUGUGUCACCGCCCGCCAAGGAAGCGAAGCCGGAGGAGUAAGUGUGUGUCUCAUGGAGCCCCCAAUAACACCUUGGGAAGCUGCAGCGGAUGAAAUAGUUAAGCUAAGUCGACUGACAUCAACAGAAUUCACUAUGCAAAUUGACGAUAGUGACUCAGAUGCCACGGCAACGGACGUAUCCAUUAUACACAAUUACGACAAAGAAAACGCUGGAGACAUUCUGUUAUGUGACACACUUUCUAUCAAGUCAUACAAAAGUGAAAUAUAAUAUUAAAAUUAAAUUAUAGUGUUCGUAAUGUAU